AUGCGCGGCCGCGAGCUCCCUCUCGUCCUGCUGGCGCUGGUCCUCUGCCAGGCGCCCCGGGGGCCGGCCGCCCCGGUGCCCGCGGGCGCAGGGACCGUGCUGGACAAGAUGUACCCGCGCGGCAACCACUGGGCGGUGGGGCACUUAAUGGGGAAAAAGAGCACAGGAGAGUCCCCAUAUGUUUAUGAGGGAAGGAGCCUGCUGCAGCACCUGCAAGAGUACAUGCGGUGGGAAGAAGCUACAAGGAAUUUGCUAAGCCUCCUAGAAGCAAAGGGGACCAGAAGCCAUCAGUCAUCUCCCCCAUCUGCUUGGGAUUACCAGGAUGACAGCAGCUUUAAAAUCCUAGGUUCAAAACCUAAAGUUGGUGGACUCUCUGCUCCAGGUUCUCAACGAGAGGGAAGGAACCCCCAGCUGAACUAACCAGGACAACAGGCCUCUCUCAACGAAGCAAAGCAAAACCCUUAAGAGACUAUGUUCUACCGGCAUCAAUUCUACUGGAUCAUCAACAAGAUUUCCUUUGUGCAAAACACUUAACUAUUCUUGUAUCCUUCAACCUUAACUAAAUUCACAAUUUUCAAGCAGCAUCUUCUGUUUUGAAUUUGUUUGCUGUGGAUAACUGUCCAUAAUGAGUCUUCCAAUUAAUGCUCUUUACAUCUAUAAGCUAUUUGUCAAUUACAUUCU